GCUGUGGUCAUAUGGUAUACACGGCUGUGUCUCUUGUUCAUUUGACUUGGCUGGUAAAACACGUAGACCAGUUCAAUCAGCAGGUGUUUAUCAGUCGAUGGAUAGUGACUGGAGGGGGAGGGUGGCGCUUUCUAGGACAGAGUCUAAAUCCGAACUGGUAGGCUAUUAGCACAGAUCCACGGCGCGUACGCGGCAGAGGCGGGGCUACCGAGAGGGCCUGUCCACGCUUUUAUACAGAUGCGACCCCGCACUUCUUCCUUCCGAGCGAGCGCCAGCCGGGGAAGUGAAAGACAAAACAGCACCAUGUCAGAGAAUACAUACGACGUGAUAGUCAUCGGGGGAGGCAUUUCAGGUCUGUCUGCAGCCAAGCUGUUGCGAGAGCAGGGUCUAAAUCCUGUUCUGCUUGAGGCCAGAGAUCGAGUAGGGGGCAGGACCUUCACUGUGAGGAACAAAGAGACCAAAUGGGUGGACUUGGGAGGAGCCUACAUCGGGCCCACACAGAACCGCAUCCUGAGACUGGCUAAGGAGUAUGGGGUCAAGACCUACAAAGUCAAUGAAGAGGAGAGCCUGGUGCACUAUGUCAAGGGGAAGACCUAUCCGUUUAAGGGCUCAUUCCCUCCUAUGUGGAAUCCUCUGGCCUUCAUGGACUACAUCAACCUGUGGAGGACCAUGGACGAGAUGGGCAAGGAGAUUCCCAGAGAGGCUCCAUGGCGAGCCCCCCAUGCUGAGCAGUGGGACAAGAUGACCAUGCAGCAGCUCUUUGACAAGAUCCUCUGGACUGGUGCGGCGCGGCAGUUUGCCACCCUGUUUGUGAAUGUGAAUGUGACCUCUGAACCCCAUGAGGUGUCAGCCCUGUGGUUCCUCUGGUACAUCAAACAGUGCGGAGGAACCAUGAGGAUCUUCUCCACCACAAAUGGAGGACAGGAGCGUAAGUUUGUGGGCGGCUCCAGUCAGAUCAGUGAGAGCAUGCAGAGUGAGCUGGGAGACCGGGUGAAGCUAGAGAGCCCUGUGUGCAGCAUCGACCAGACCAAAGACCUGGUGGAGGUCAAGACUGUCCACGGCGACACAUACAAGGGUAAGUAUGUGAUCCUGGCCAUCCCGCCGGGGCUGAACCUGAAGAUCCACUUCAGCCCGGAGCUGCCCCCGCUGAGGAACCAGCUCAUCCACAGGGUGCCCAUGGGAUCCGUCAUCAAGUGCAUGGUCUACUACAAGAAGAACUUCUGGAGGGAGAAAGGUUACUGCGGCAGCAUGGUGAUUGAGGAAGAAGACGCCCCUAUUGGCCUGACUCUGGAUGACACCAAGCCUGACGGCAGUGUGCCCUGCAUCAUGGGAUUCAUCCUGUCACGAAAAUGCAGGAAACUUUGUGACUUGACUAAAGAAGAGAGGCUAAAGAGAAUCUGUGAGAUCUACUCCAGAGUGCUGGGCACGGAGGAAGCUUUACAUCCUGUCCACUAUGAGGAGAAGAACUGGUGUGAAGAGGAGUACUCUGGCGGCUGCUACACGGCCUACUUCCCUCCAGGCAUCAUGACACAGUACGGCAAGGUCCUGCGUCAGCCAGUGGACAAGCUCUACUUCGCGGGCACUGAGACAUCCACGGAGUGGAGCGGGUACAUGGAGGGAGCGGUGCAGGCAGGGGAGAGAGCCGCCAGGGAGAUAAUGUGUGCCAUGGGUAAGAUUACCCCCAGCCAGGUCUGGCAGCCAGAACCAGAAUCUGAGGAUGUCCCUGCCCUGCCUUUUGUCACCCCCUUCUGGGAGAGGAACCUGCCUUCCGUGGGCGGCUUCCUCAAGUUCAUGAGCGUGUCCACUGUGCUAUCCCUCGCCGUGGCAACGGGUCUGGUAGCCUAUAAGAAAGGACUCUUCCCCAGGAGCUAAACCUGAUCCUCUGACACCCUCCCGCCCCCCCACCCCCACCCCCACCCCCACCCCUCGACCAGUCUUCUCUUCGCUAAUUCAGCCCUGGUCAAGACUGUCCAACAGAGGUCCUCCCACCACCUGUGCAUGGUUGCAGAACAGUGCUGAAGACACUCUCCCCCUGACAGUCUUGUAAACUUAAUUCACAUGAUCACACAAUCUGAUUCAUAUGCCAUUGUGUAAUUGCUGGUUAAUUCAUUACAGAAAUCUAACAGGGAUAGAUCGGUGCAAAUGGAAGGUGCCCGUGCAGAGGUGAUGAAAGAUAUAUCCGUAGCAGUUUGUCAUUGGUUUAAAGGGUUUGCACUUGGUCAGGACGUUCCAAAGGUCCUUGGUAUCCAGCCAUAUGACAUUUAACAUUCCACAUCUUUAUAAGUCAUUGGCAAAAUGUGCAUUGACUGUUGGGAAAAAAAAUAUAGUCCUAUCUUGUAAUUGUUAUGUGUGUUUGUGGGUGUUUUUGUGUGUUUGUGUGUGCACACAAAGUCUGUGUGUGUGCGUACAGGGUAUAAGUGUAAACAUGUGCACAUGCACGCAUGCAUGUGUUAUGUAAAUGUGUGUGUGUGUGUGUGUGACUGAUUUUAAGAGUAUGGUGGAUUACCUCUACUGAUUUAGGUGCUGUAUAUCCCAUUGCUGAUGAUCAGCAGCUUUGUGUGAAAGAUGGAUUUGGUACAUUUCUCAGAUCAGAAUUGAAAUUCUCAAAACGACUUGUUUUCAACCCCCCACAUCAUAUAGUCGCUUUUGAGCAAAUUGCAAAUGCUUUGGUACACUCAUGCUAAUUUGUUUGUCUGAGGUCUUACGCACACUGGCGGCUGUGUUGCGUGUGCGUUGCGGCUGCGUUACCUGUUGAUUUUAAAAACGGAAACACGGCAGUGACGCACACACAGCACAGGCAGUGUGUGUGUGAAACGGGCCUUAUUGUCUGCAGUCAUUAUUAAUUGCAUGUCAUGUUAAUCCAAAUGUCUUAUGCAGCUUCACUGCUGAAUGUUCAUGUCCCCCAAAACAUCUAGGCAUCUAUUCAUUGUGUAAGUCAUGACAUGCAUGAGGUUCAAACAUUGACCAACAUCAUUGUUUGUCAAGCAUAUAUUUCAACAGGCUCAGUGACACUGUAUGUUUUUAACAUUUACUAAUUUGGAAAUUCACUUGUCCUUUGAUAUUACUUUCAAUAUGUCCAAAAGCAGAGAUGUGGAUGUGGAUCCAGAGUGGAUGUGUGCAAUAUACAGUAACAGUAUGUGCCACUAUGUCAGAAAACUAGUUGUUCAGUCAUAUUGUCACCAUUGGGCUUAGCAGUACACACAAUCUUACCCUGCUGGGAAUUAUCUAGUGUGAAAGGUUUUGUAAGGACCAACAUGCCAAAUUACUGUAUGUAGUCAUUUGGGUCAAUGAAAACUUUUGCCAUCUGGGAAUGGUUUCUUGGCCUCAAAAAAUGUUGAUUACUGUCAGUUCCAUCUAUUCUCCUCUUCAUUGCAAUGCCGAGGUUCUGUUUUGAAUGAAGGUCUGUGAUCAUCAGUCUCGUGAUACACAACUGUAUACUGUCAAAUUAUUUGGUUCAUAAAAAAUAUUCUUGGCAUGCAAGAAGGUUUUCCCAGUGUUUCUCAGCAGGUUGUAAAUCAGGGUUCUGUCCAGUUUCUUCAAAGGUUCUGUUCUAUUUCUACUGCGUUCUUACAGUAUACAACCACUUGUUGAUGAAAAUUUAGGAAAAAAGGAAAACACUUCCGGGUUCACUAUUACAUUGACAUCAUGACAGUAAUGCAUUGUGUGGUGCCAUUUGUGCGAAUUGUUUCGAUUAAUGCUCUCACUGUUUUGAAAAUGUUCAAAUGAUCGAGAAAUGUACCAAAGCGGGUGGGAAAAACAGUAAUGUGAGGCUGUUGUCGAUAGUGAACAUGACCACAUACUGCAGAGAUGUUUACUAUGGGAACCCUUUCCUUCACUCUUCUGACUGGGUGUCAUUAUAAGAGGCCUCUGUCAUUUCUACCAGAAAUCUAUGGAAGCAGUUGAAUGUAUUGUUUGUUUGUUUAAUUAAUUAGAUGAUGAAUUUUAUUGUAUUUUUUACCGUGACAUCAGACGACAUUUUUGAGAUAUUUGCAUGUGACCUCAUGUUGGCCACGCAAAUCCUCUGUGUUCCCCUGUGAAAACGUGAUCAUACAGGAAGCUUGUGUUGUACUUGUCUGAGAUCCUGCACUAGUGGUUUAAUGCCAGAUACAAUGCUUAAUGUCAGUCACACUCCAUGAUAUGGAAACCAGAGAUUGAUGUAAGCAGAGAUAAAAAAAAAAAAACUAAUUUAAGAGUAUUGCUGUAUUAAAAGGGGAUAUUUGAGUAGGGCCCAGUGGCUUUUAGCAACAUGCUAUGGUGAUAAAAGCUACAUGUCAUCAAAUACUGAAUACUGACAUCCACCCGUUGUGAUACCUAUGUCUACUUUGCUUAUAUCCCUGCACAAUCUAUUUAUGUUUAUGAACAAAAGUGAAAUCCUUUCAUUGUAAGCCUAAUUUGAUUAAAUCUUUUGUUCAUAGGCUACUAUUCGAAUUAGAUUCAUUAGAUUAGGUGUUUAACAUAUGUUGAUUAAUCGGGUCUAUCACACAUUGCUACAUUUUAAUGACAGCCAAUCAAUAACCUAAAACUUUUCAGUUUCUUACCAAAGGCCAUUGUGUUCUAACCUGGCAUUAGUUUCAUGGCUGGUGGACACAUGGAUUGGCAUGUCCACCAUUUGUUUCAAACCCAAAACUUUUCUAUUUAAUUCUAAGUCGAUAUACCAGAGCCUACCAGACUGGAGAGAGUAAAUAGAGUAAUUAUAUAUAUACAGUUCAUAUAAGAUAUAUAUAUAUAUGUAUACACAGAUGUAUAUGUUGAUAAAUUAUUAGUAAAAAUACAAAGAUAGGAUUAAAUGAAAAAAAAAUAUUUGGAUUACACAGUACCUGUCCAAACCCCAUGUGAAGAUGGAAAGUAAGUGGGUUAUGUAACUGUGACCCAAAGAGAUACUGUGUGUGUGUGUGUGUGUGUGGUCUGUGGUGCCUUACUCUGGUGUUUAUUCUUUUCUGAAGUGCCUCUGUGACUGUGCUGAUGUCCCUCUCCCACUGUAAAUGUCUCUGCUUCUCCAUUCUUUGGCUCUAGCUGAUACAUAUGGUGUCUGGGUCUUUGUGCACUGAAAGGUGCAAUUCAAGUUUUUUUCGUUCUUCAGAUUUCACUUCUAGUCAUGCCGUUCAUACUGACUUUCUCCUGCUCAUCUGAUGAAAGUAUUAGGGACAUAAUACUCAGUGUUGUCUCAGUCGUGUCAGUAAUACAUGGGAAAUGCAUUGUUCAACAUGGAUAACUUAUUGAAUUGUAUGCGAUGCUGUAUCUACCCACCAGCUUUCUUGGGGGUCUGGCUCAUGAGUUCCGUUCUUGUGCCAUCUGCUGGUGAAGAUUGUGAACUACAGAUAUGUCUCAAUCUUCUUCUGAGUUGUUCAGUUCAACACCUGACCCUAAAUGUCUGCUAUUUCUUCACCCACCAUAGCCAGUGCUAAUGAGUCAUUCUCUAACAUACAAUUCCCCCAUAUAUUCUUCCUACAAACUUCCCUUGGCAGAAUGUCCACAGUCGUGAAUAUUUGCAACAUGACAUACAGUUCAUUAUUGUUUUGAUGCUUGGUGACCUUAGACACUAAUAGUGGUGAUCUGAUUGACUAUAAACUGUGUGAAACAGUGUUGAGUCUGUGCAUAUCGUGCUUUCAAAACUCUUGGGUCCAAUGAGGGUGUGUGUGUGUGUGUGUUUGUGUAGAUGGGUGAAUGUGUGAGAGAGAGAGAGAGAGGAAAAAACCUUCCUCUUGAAAUCCCUCCUCCUCCUCUCCUGCGGUUACCCCCAUAAUCCAAACUUGCUACAUUUGCACUUGUUCCUGUGCACCCUCAGCAGAUACAAAAGAGCUUGCCCCCCCCCAUCAAAGUUCUGUGUGCAAAUCUGUGUGAAGUUCUUGUUCCGUAAGUGCAUUCUUUGAUCUCUUUGUAUGAAGACGCCAACAGAAAUCCAGUAAUAAUAAUAAUAAAAAAGUAAAACAAA